AUGGGCAGCGUGGAAGGCCCGACGCCGGCCAGGCCCAAGAAUCUCGCCGAGGUCUUGUCCAGCAGCUCGCGCGUAGUCACUCCCAGCAAGUGCGUCGCCGUCCAGCGGUACGUGCAUCUGGCCAGGAUGCUGCUCAAUCAGGCCACAAAAUACGAGAGCGUGGCCAACCAGGAGCAGCAGUAUGUCAUGUUGCUGCGGUUCGCGAGCCUUAUUGUUGAGACCAUCCCGAAACAUCCUGAAUACCGAGCCUCCGACAAGGUGUACGCGAGAAUGAAGCAGCAACUGUACGAGUACUACCUUCCCAAACUGGAGACUCUCAAGGUCGUGCUCUCCCUGAAACAAGUCAUGGAUCACCCUCCGCACCCUAUCCAGCCACGCCCCGAGGGCGUCCGCCAGAUUGGCACAUCAAACCUGCCAGAGUUAAAUUGGGGAG